ACUUACAAGAUUUUGAAAAUUUAUAUUCAUCUAGAAUUUUACUUUCAGGACAAACCAUGUUGACAAUUACAUUUCAGAGACACAUCAGAUGCCUAAGGAACUGGUGCAAGGUGUCAAUGGUCAGACUGCCUAUGAAGAAGAGAAUUACAGGGUAAUGCCAAUCUUGCAUGUUGCUGAGCAAGCUGUAGCUAAUGCAUCACGUGAUUUAGUAAAUAAGCAUAAUUCAGCUUUCACAAAUGAGCGAAUUUUAAAACAGAGGCAAGUGCUUCGUAUGAUUCCUAUAGGAGAAGUCAGGUUUCAGUGGAAAAGUACAAAUGGAAUAUUUUAUGUUUAUGGGUUUGAACGUAAAGUGUACUUUGUUGAUUAUCCCCAGAAGUGCUGUUGCUGUUCUAUUUUGUAGUAAUUAAGUCUAGCUUUCCUCAUAAGAUUUCAGUCAUUCAAGUUUCCCAUAGUCUGAAAAGUAUUUCUUCAAUUGAUUUUAAUGUUAUGUACUGUACUUGCUUUCAUGUAGUCCUUCUGAAAUAUAAGUGAAUACAGUGGUUAUGUUUUCAGCCAUGAUUGUUAGAUUUGAAUUUUUCAUAGAAGAGGUUUGAAUAUAAAGUGUAUCUUGUUGAUUAUCUCCAAAAAUGCUAUUCUUGUUGUGUUUUGCAGUAGUAUUAUACUACUACCUUUCUUAAUAAGGUUCCAUUUUCACAUUUUUAGUAAUUUGUUAAGGAUCUCUUCAUUUGAUAAUACAGUGAUUUUGUUUUUAUCCAUGCUAUUUUUUAUGGAAGUAAUGAACAAAUUAUUAUGGGCUGUUUUCUUUUGUUAUGAUUGAGGGGGAAAAUUUUCAGUGUAUUUUUUAGCUUUGAUUCAAAUAAAAAUGUCUCCAAAAAUAAAGAAUUCAAAUAAAAGUAUUAACAUAUAUCAGUGCUUAGCAACAUAAAGAACAGUUGUAAUAUUUUAAAUAAUAUUUGCCUAAUUUGUUCUUUCCACUCCCCCCCCUCCCUAUACAGUUUUGAGUGUUCAUAGGUAUAAGCUUCAGUGUCCAUUUGUGACCUUAUUUUUAUGUGCAGGUAAAGAAAUUAUUUAGUACUGUGCCUUAAAUCAGAAGCCAGUAAAAAAAAAGUUUAAUACAUUUUUUCAAUCGCAUUUAAAGGUAUUAAGUUUCACAAUUGUAUUUUUGCUAUAAUAUAUAUUGCUGCCUUUUAUUAUGGAAUAAGAUGAGUGAGAUAUAUGUGAAUAAAUAAUAAUUUUGUUCAUAUGUGUGUAACCAUAAAUGCAAUGAAAGCUGCCAUCUAUCUUUUUGUUUACCAAGUUUAUGUCGUUAUCUAUUUUUGUAUGAUCUGAAUGUAAUUAUGAUAUGCCAAUGUAAAAAUGUAAUACAAUGUUUGUUCCUCUAAUUUGCAUUGCUUGUGAAAAGUUUUACAUCUGCCUUUGUACUCUGAUUUAUACAAUAAAUAUUUUUGUGAAAUUCUA